AUGUCUUCCAGAGGUCGUGGAUUUGCCGGCAACAAGCUGAAGAUGACGCUCGGUCUGCCUUGCGGCGCCGUGCUCAACUGCUGCGACAACUCCGGUGCCCGUAACCUUUACAUCAUCUCGGUGAAGGGUAUCGGUGCCCGUCUCAACCGUCUCCCCGCCGCGGGUGUCGGUGACAUGGUCAUGGCUACCGUCAAGAAGGGAAAGCCCGAGCUCCGGAAGAAGGUCAUGCCCGCCGUUGUUGUCCGUCAGAGCAAGCCCUGGAGACGCCCCGACGGUAUCUACCUCUACUUCGAGGACAACGCUGGUGUUAUCGUCAACGCCAAGGGUGAAAUGAAGGGUUCCGCCAUCACUGGCCCUGUUGGAAAGGAGGCUGCUGAGCUGUGGCCUCGUAUCGCUUCCAACUCCGGUGUCGUUAUGUAA